AUUUUCAGUAUUAAAUAUCUAAGAUAAUCUUACAAAAUGUCGGAAAAGACAAACCUACUAACGUUACAGUGAACAGGCAUUAUUGUCUUAUCUACUGAAGCCAGCACACUGGGGCGUAGUGCCUCCUCAUCAGUCAUUGCUUUCUGUUCCUCUGAAGACUGAAGACAGUUAACUUCACUACAGCUAUGUCAGAUGGACCUUAUAAAUACAUUAGGGAUGCUGAUGGCAAAGUCAGCAGGGUGAUCAGUGUUGGCACCAGAAAAAGCCAGCUGGCUCGGAUUCAGACAGACAGUGUUGUAGAGAAACUCAAGGAGUUCUACCCUGAUGUUCAUUUUGAAAUAGUGGCUAUGUCAACAACAGGAGAUAAAAUUCUUGACACAGCUUUAUCCAAAAUUGGUGAAAAGAGUCUCUUCACAAAAGAACUGGAAAAUGCUUUGGAGAAAAAUGAGGUAGAUCUGGUGGUGCACUCUUUGAAAGACUUGCCAACUGUUCUUCCUGAAGGUUUCACUAUAGGAUCUGUGCUGAAGCGAGAAAACCCUCAUGAUGCUGUUGUCCUGCACCCCAAACAUAAAGGCCAAUGUCUAGAGUCUCUAGCCAACAAGAGUGUUGUAGGUACCAGUUCUCUUCGCCGGGCCGCCCAACUGAAGAAAAGAUUUCCAAAUCUGGAGUUUAAAGACAUUAGAGGUAAUCUCAACACUCGUCUAAAGAAGCUGGAUGAAAAGGAUGACUUUUCAGCCAUCAUUUUAGCAGCAGCUGGUCUUUGGAGAAUGGGCUGGGAGAAUCGCAUCAGCCAGAUCCUUGGGCCUGAUGUCUGCAUGUAUGCAGUUGGACAGGGUGCUCUGGCAAUCGAAGUGAGAGCUCGAGACCAGGACAUCCUGGAAAUGGUGUCAGUAUUAAAUGACUCAGAAACUGCGUUGAGAUGCAUGGCGGAGAGAGCCUUCCUCAAACAACUGGAAGGGGGAUGCAGUGUUCCAGUUGCUGUUUACACUGAAGUUAAGAAUUCACAGCUCUACCUGACUGGAGCGGUGUACAGUCUCGAUGGUUCAGACAGUCUGAAGGAGACCAUGCAGACAAGCAUCAGCUCUGACAGUCAGGCUGAGGAACAGGAGAAGGUUGAUGAGAAGGUCCAGCGUGUGGGCAUCACUGCAUUAAAGGUGUCAGAGGCACCUCAGGACGCCGCAGUGAAGUUAGGAGUGGACCUCGGGAAUCUGCUGCUCGGCAAAGGGGCCAAAGAGAUACUGACUGUAGCCAGACAGCUUAAUGAUGCGCGAUAGCUAUAUCAUAGCUGAAGACCAACCACCCCUUCCAGAAGUAUUUUCAUAAGAAGUGUUAUCGUGUCAUUCUAUGGCCUUUAUAUUUUGUGUGUUAUUAUUUUUCAAAGAAAACUUUUCUUUUUAUUUACUGGAGUUUAAUGAAUGUCAAUUUGCAGCUGCUACUUAAAACAGACUUGCAGUAAAUGAUCCCAGGAUGCAUAUUUUCUGGAGCUGCUUGAAGUAUCAUCUACAUUUUACCUUCACUGACUCUGGUUA